AUGAAUGAGGACUCUAACCUGCGAAAUUUCACUCCCCAAGCGUCGAGAAAGCGCUCUCACCGGGAGAUAUCUGGAUCUCACUCAGAUGGCGAAAGCCAGACAUCCUGGAGCCAACAUGGAGAGUCUUCAAGCUCGGUAAACCGCCCGGGUGCUCUCAAUAACUCCCGUCCCCGGCUACCACCCCUUCCAUCGCUCCCGCAAAUGAGAUUUCCUGGUGACGGGUUCGAUUUCCGCAGGCCUGUCAUGUCGACCAGAGUCUCGCCACCGUCGUUUACGCUCCAGAACCUACCCCGGGGGGACAUCAUAGAUUUGACACAAGACUCAGAUCCGACUUUGCGGCCUGCGCGAACGGGGAGACGAGAGGAAACUAGGACGAACAGAGCGUCACGGGGUCCUCGCUUUGGACGAAAUAUCAUGGCUGACGUUGUGGAUUUGGAAGCCGACAGUUCUCCCUCAAGUCAGCAACAGCAGCAUCAACCUUCAAGCCCGGAGGUACAAUUUCUAGGGUCAUCAGUAAGACAGAGCACAUCACAAGAUAUCAGCGGCAAUCAUGAUAGAUCCGGUCAGGCGCAUCGUUCGCAAUUUUUACCCGGAGGUUCCAACUUGAUGAAUUUACUGAGAGGCAUACAACGACCGGGGAGGCCGCCGCCGCUUGACCGGGAACAGUUAUUACGAUAUGAGCUUUCGUUACGCACAAGAAAUAUACGCCUGAUUAGACGUGUUCACACACAGCCACCUAUGAUCUGGAAUAACGUUCCAGCUAAUAACGGGAUAGACCUGACGAUGGAACUGGACGAUGUACCGAUACAUUUGGACUAUAGCACAACAGGAUUUGUCGGCAACCCUCCUCCUAGGGCAGAAGCUCCCUAUGACCCGCCUUCAGCAGCCCCCGAGGGAUUUACAAGAACGGUUCAAGAAGACGAGGAGGUUAUUUGUCCAAACUGCGAACAUGAGCUAGGGACAGGUGAUGAGCUACGGAAACAGAUAUGGGUUUGCAGACCUUGUGGACAUGUUUACUGUGGCACAUGCACCAAAAACAGAGCCCUUUCAUCUCGAGCGAAGAAAUCAGACCAAUCACCCGAUACAAAAACGAAGCCUUUUGCGAAAUGCGUUGUGGCAGACUGCGGGAAAUCCGUGCAUCCAUCUUAUGUUAUUAGCGUUACAUGA